AUGGGGCGUGCCCGCAGCAGCUCUCGGCCACCCGCGUCUCCUGCCCUGCUGCUCCUCCUCCUCGUCUGCUUCUCCCACGGCGCGGCGGCGGCUCGUCUCCUGCCGCUGCAGCCUGCUGUCGUUCGUCCUCUGGUUCUUCACCAAGCGGAGAAUGGUGCCACAGGGGCAGCUGCCGACGGCGGGCUCGUGCUUCAGGAAGGUGAUGAGGCCGCGGGCAAUGGCGACGAGCUCUCCAUCUCAGAGAUGAUGGGAGCAGAGGAGGAGGCGGCGGCGGUUUGCGAGGGGGAGAACGACGAGUGCUUGGAGAGGCGGCUCCUCGGCGACGCGCACCUCGACUACAUCUACACGCAGCACAAGGGCAAGCCGUGA